UAUCGACGCAAAACAUGAGCGAAGCACACCCACCAGACCAGCCCGCGCCCGUCGUGCCCGACGUAGAGGAGGUGGCUGAGGCGCCGGCUCUUAGGCCAGACGGCAAGGGAUACAUCGACGACGCGGCGACGGAGCUAUGCGACGACAGCGAGGGCUCGAGCGUCGAGGAGAGCUUGGACAGUGCGGACGAGCGGAGCCACGGCGGCUGGCCGGAGGCUGAAGAACCGCAAUCCGAAGAAGAAGACGAGGACUGGGGCGUUGAGAACGAGGACUGGGAGCUGGCUGACGGCGACUUCACGAAGCAGUACAACCGUGUGAGGCAGGCGUAUACUGCGGUCGGAGGCUCGGCCCAGCCGUUACCUGCGCGCAAUGCACACGCGCCGAAGGCGAUGAAGCCUGCACCGAGCAAAGCGGGGUCGCUCGGCAAGGCUCUCGUGAACCCGGCGUUGCUCGGCGGCGUCGGGCACAACCCGAAGAGCGCGGCGGAACGGCAGAACCAGAAGGACAAGGCGGACCGCGCGACACACGAGCAGGUGCUGGACAACCGGACGCGCGAGACACUGCAGAAGCUCGUGAACCGCGGAUACUUCGAGGUCAUCGCGGGCUGCAUCAGCACGGGUAAGGAGGCGAACGUGUACCUCGCCCACCCGGGCACGGACACGCCGUCCGAGCCGUUCCCGUACCCCGCAGCAGUAGCGGUCAAGAUCUACCGCACGUCGAUCCUCAACUUCCGCGCGCGGCAGAAGUACAUCGAGGGCGAGCACCGCUUCGCGGGCGGAUACUCGAGCUCGAAGAAUGCGCGCAAGCUAGUGCGCCUGUGGGCGGAGAAGGAGCUUCGCAACUUGCGCCGGCUGGUUCAGGGCGGCGUGCGCGCGCCGAUUGUCAUCGAGCAGCGCUCCAACGUGCUGGUUAUGGAGUUCCUCGGCCGCGACGGCGUCGCGUCGCCGCGGCUGCGCGACGCUGACCUCUCAAACUCAAAGCUCGCCCGUCUGUACGGCGAGCUCCUCGUCACCAUGCGCAGGAUGUACCACUCAUGUCAGCUGGUGCACGCCGACUUGAGCGACUACAAUGUGCUGUACCACGAUUCGCACGUAUACAUCAUCGAUGUGGGCCAGAGCGUCGAACACGACCACCCCCGCGCUUUCGACUUCCUCCGCACCGACAUCCGCAACGUUGAGGAGUUCUUCAGCAAGCGGUCCGGCGGCGAGGUGCGCACGCUCGGGCUGCGGAGAGCAUGGAGCUUCAUUGUGGACGAGAGCGUCGGGCUGGCUAAGGAGGACGAGGCGGGCGACGAGGGCGAGGACCGUCUCCUCGACGUGCUCCGUGAAUGGCUUGAGCGGCCCGAAGAGAAGAGCGAGGCGACCGAGGUCGACGACGCAGUCUUCUUCUCCUCGUACAUUCCCCGCACGCUUGGCGAGGUGUACGAUCCGGAGCGCGACAUCGACAUCUUGAAGUCUGGCAAGGGCGACCAGCUUAUCUAUGCGGGGAUUACACAGCUCGACAUCAGUGGCAAGGGCGCGGAGGACGAGGCGACGCCGGAAGAAAAGGCUGAGGACGAAGCGGAGGGGGGAACGGAGGCGGAAGCGGAGGCUAAGGCUGAGGCUGAAGAGAUGCAGCCUGAAGCCAAGGGGCGACGAGAAAGCAAGACCGUGCGCUGGGCCGACUGGGAGACUGAGCCGGACGCUGAGGUCGACCCGGACGCGUUUGACCGGAAGCCGCGCGGAUUUCGGCACGAGGAUAAGGAGUCUAAGAAGGAACGCAAGAAGGCACUCAAGGAGGAGAAUCGCGAGAAGCGCAAGAACAAGAUGCCCAAGGGCGAGAAGGCGCGGCUGAUCAAGAAGAGUAGUGGGCGGUGAUCUGCAUAGUGUUUGCGUUCUGG